AGAAGAAGAAGAAGAAGAAGAAGAAGAUGCAGUUCUUUGGAGGGGCGGAGAUGAUAAGCCCAUCGGCUCCAGGAGGGGGAAGCGGGGUUGGGGUGGGAGGGAAUAAGGCACACAUGAUGUACGUAUUCAACAGGAAUGGGGUAUGCCUGCUUUACAGGGAGUGGAACAGAUCCCUCAAGACCCUCAACCCACAGCAGGACCACAAGCUCAUGUUUGGCCUUCUCUUCUCUCUCAAAUCCUUCACCUCCAAGAUGGAUCCCACCUGCGUUGAUAAAGGGAACCUUGGGGUUCCCCAGUUACCGGGUCAAGGCUGUUCCUUUCAUAGCUUUCGUACCAACACAUACAAGUUAAGUUUCAUGGAAAGUCCGUCCGGAAUAAAGAUUAUCUUGGUCACUCAUCCCAAGACUGGGGAUCUUCGGGAGUCCUUGAAGUACAUAUACAACAUAUACGUUGAGUACGUUGUUAAGAAUCCUCUCUAUGCUCCUGGGACUCCAAUCAGGUGUGAGCUGUUCAAUACAACUCUUGACCAAUACGUGAAAAAUUUGGUUUAGCAUAUGAGUAACCUUUAGAGAAGAAGCUGUUCCUACUGUUCUGUCUUCUAUCCCUCACAUGAGAAGCCAAGUACACCAGUGGAUUUGGAUGGGUUGCUUUGUGGGCUACUUCUAUCAAUUUCCUUUUAGAGAUUGAGAUGCUUGGAGAUCUGUUGCAGCUCCUAUGUUCUAUUCCCAUCCCUUUGAACCUCUCCACAUGAAGCACACACUUAAGUGCUUCCUUUGUGGCAACAGGGCAAUCAGAGUCUUGGCCAAACACAUAAUUUUGUAUGUCCAUGGUGAGGGAUGUCAUAUUCUCUAAUUGUAGUUGCUGUAACGAUGAGUUAUAUUGCAGAUCUGACAUGAACAUGACAAUAUAAAAAUAUGCUUUUAAAAUUCGUCUUGAGCUUGGUCAUGAAACUUCCAUUGGCAGCUUUCAAUAUGAAAAAUAUGCAUCAAAAUAUAAUUGUUUCACAGGGGAACCCACACUGAUGGUAAAGAAUUACAAAAUUUUGUUGCUGUUUCAUUUCUCUUGUAUGGUUGCAAUCCAGUAUUA